GCGGGUCUCGCGAUAUUACAGAGCGAGGUUUCUCCGCCAUCCCGUCGCUGGUGCCCGCUGCAGAAGGACACGGCGAAGGAUUAGUAGGAGCUCGGCAUUUGUAUCUGCGGUGGCCGCUUUAGCACUAGACAUGUUAUCUAGACUGGUUUUUCUUCCAGCAUCUGCCCUGAAAAGCAGCGGGUCUCUCGGGGCAGGCUUGGUCCAGGCCGGCCGCUGCCUCCACACGUCCCCCCAGACCCAAGCCCCCGUGCCGCCUCUGCCUGAGAAGUCGGGGAAGGUCCGGCAUGGUAUCAUCCCCGAGGAGUUUUUCCAGUUUCUGUACCCCAAGACGGGGGUCACAGGACCGUAUGUGUUGGGCACCGGCCUGACGCUUUACAUGCUGUCCAAGGAGAUCUACAUCGUCAACCACGAGACCUUCGCCGCCCUCUCUGUCGGUGCCGUCCUCAUCUAUGCCGUCAAGAAGUUUGGUCCGGACAUCGCUGCGUUUGCCGACAAGCUGAACGAUGAAAAAGCAGCCAAGGUGCAGGAGGUGAAAGAUGUGGCCAUCAAGAGCCUGACCCAAGCCAUCGACGACGAGAAGAAGGAGCAGUGGAGAGUGGAGGGGAGGAAUAUGCUGUUUGACGCAAAGCGGAACAACGUGGCCAUGCUGCUGGAGACCAACUACAGGGAGCGAAUGCACAUGGUGACCAAUGAGGUCAAGAAGAGGCUGGACUACCAGAUCCAGCUGCAGAACCUGCACCAGCGCCUGGAGCGUGAGCACAUGGUGGACUGGGUGGAGAAGAACGUGGUGAAGAGCAUUACGCCUCAGCAGGAAAAGGAGAGCAUCGCAAAGUGCAUCGCAGAUCUGAAGGUUUUGGCCAAGAACACACAAGCGAAGGCUUCUCUGUAAUGUCACCUACCACCUCCCAUGACAUCAUGGCUGCUGCCACUCUUAUAAAUAAACUCUUUCCUCCUGAUCCCAGGUCAACUCUGAUUGAGGUUUGAGUGUCGUUUUGUUGGUUUAAAUAAAAUAUUCUCUUAUGUG